GAGCAGGACCCAGGGAGCGCGGCCGAGGGAGCGCGCGGGCAGGCUUGGCCGGGGAGCGAGGGUAAAGUGCAGCUGGGCGGCGGAAGGUGGCAAUUGAUGCUUCUGUGCUGCGCGGCCGCCGCUGCCCUGGUCCCGGGAGCCAAGCCGGAGGGAAGGCGGUGGAGAGAUGAUCGCAGAGUUGGUGAGCAGCGCUCUGGGGCUCGCCUUAUACCUCAACACUCUGAGCGCGGAUUUCUGCUACGAUGACAGUUACAUCUCAUGGCCCAUGUCCACUGUCUGCUAUGCUGCUUCUACUAACAUCAUUGAGCUUGCUCCGUGCCAUCAAGACUAAUCAAGACCUUCUCCCUGAAACUCCGUGGACACACAUUUUCUACAAUGAUUUCUGGGGGACUCUCCUCACCCACAGUGGAAGCCACAAGUCCUACCGGCCACUCUGUACUCUGUCUUUCCGCCUGAACCACGCCAUCGGAGGGCUGAAUCCCUGGAGCUACCAUCUGGUCAAUGUCCUACUGCAUGCGACUGUCACUGGACUCUUCACAAGCUUCUCCAAGAUACUGCUGGGUGAUGGCUACUGGACCUUCAUGGCUGGCCUGAUGUUUGCCUCUCACCCCAUUCACACGGAGGCCGUGGCGGGCAUCGUGGGCCGGGCUGAUGUGGGGGCCAGUCUCUUCUUCCUCCUCUCCCUGCUCUGCUACAUCAAACACUGCUCCACAAGGGGCUACACAGUCAGGACCUGGGGCUGGUUCCUGGGGACUGGGUUGUGUGCGGGGUGCAGCAUGCUAUGGAAAGAACAAGGAGUAACUGUUCUAGCAGUUUCUGCAGUUUAUGAUGUCUUUGUCUUCCACCGGCUAAAGAUGAACCAGAUCUUGCCGGCCAUUUACAAAUUUCAGAGGAAGAACCUGUCCCUUCUCCUCAGUAUCAGUCUUCUAACCUUCUGGGGAACCUCCCUCUUGGGUGCCCGUUUAUACUGGAUGGGAAACAAGCCACCAAGCUUUUCCAACUCUGACAACCCAGCUGCAGACUCCGACAGCUUCUUGGUGCGCACGCUCACCUUCUUCUACCUGCCCACCCAAAAUCUCUGGCUGCUGCUCUGUCCAGACACCCUCAGCUUUGACUGGUCCAUGGACGCAGUGCCUCUGCUCAGGACUUUGUGUGACUGGAGAAACCUCUACACUGUGGCCUUCUACACAGGACUCCUCCUCCUGGCCUACUCUGGCUUGAAGAGCGCCGGCCUGGACAAAGUUUGCAAUGGGAAAUCCGUGAGCAACGGCAAGCAGAAUGCCAAUGGCCAUAGCUGCCACUCAGAUGUGGAGUACCAGGAUGCUGAGCUAAAGCCCAGCUUUGCAUCCAAAGUGGAAAAUGGCAUCAAGAGCAGUGGAGCCCACAGCACACAGCUUCCUUCCACAGAGAACCUUGUCGUUCUGUCUCUGUCUUUGUUGAUCAUCCCUUUCAUCCCUGCCACGAACCUGUUUUUUUACGUGGGCUUUGUGAUUGCAGAGCGAGUCUUGUACAUCCCAAGUAUGGGCUUCUGCCUCCUUGUCACCGUGGGGGCCAGGGCUCUUUAUGUCAAGGUGCAAAAGCGCUUCCUCAAGAGCUUGAUUUUCUACGCUGCAGCCACAUUAAUUGUCUUCUAUGGACUCAAGACUGCUGUCAGGAACAGAGACUGGCAGAAUGAGGAAAUGCUGUACAGGUCAGGGAUAAAAGUGAACCCAGCCAAAGCAUGGGGUAACCUUGGAAAUGUCCUCAAGAGUCAGAGCAAAAUGUCUGAAGCUGAAAGUGCUUAUCGAAAUGCUUUAUACUACCGCAGCAACAUGGCUGACAUGCUUUAUAACCUGGGGUUGCUUCUACAGGAGAACAGCAGGUUUGCAGAAGCUCUGCAUUACUACAAACUGGCCAUUGGGAGCAGGCCUACACUGGCUUCUGCCUAUUUAAAUACUGGCAUUAUUCUGAUGAACCAAGGAAAGACAGAAGAAGCCAGACGCACAUUUCUGAAGUGUUCCGAGAUCCCUGAUGAAAAUCUAAAGGACCCUCACGCACACAGGAGCUCUGUCACCAGCUGCUUGUACAACCUGGGAAAGCUUUACCAUGAGCAGGGACACUAUGAGGAUGCCCUGAUUGUAUACAAGGAAGCUAUUCAGAAAAUGCCAAGGCAAUUUGCCCCACAGAGUUUGUAUAACAUGAUGGGUGAAGCUUACAUGCGAUUAAAUAAACUCCCAGAAGCAGAGCACUGGUAUAUGGAAUCGUUGAAAUCCAAGACUGACCACAUCCCUGCUCAUCUUACCUAUGGGAAGCUUCUAGCUCUAACAGGUCGUAAAAGUGAGGCUGAAAAAUUCUUCUUGAAGGCUAUUGAGCUGGAUCCCACCAAAGGAAACUGUUACAUGCAUUAUGGUCAGUUUCUUCUGGAAGAAGCUCGCCUUGUAGAAGCAGCUGAGAUGGCCAAAAAAGCAGCUGAGUUGGACAGCUCAGAGUUUGACGUGGUCUUCAACGCUGCCCACAUGCUCAGGCAGGCUAGCCUCAAUGAAGCAGCUGAGAAAUACUAUGAUCUGGCAGCCAGACUGAGGCCUAAUUACCCGGCUGCUCUGAUGAAUCUGGGAGCCAUUCUGCAUCUCAACGGCCGUCUCCAGAAGGCUGAGGCCAACUACCUGAGGGCUUUGCAGCUAAAGCCAGAUGAUGUCAUCACUCAGUCCAAUCUGCGCAAACUGUGGAACAUCAUGGAGAAGCAAGGCUUAAAGACCUCGAAGACUUGACACAGGAGGGCACUGCUUCAUCUUCCUCCAUGUUUCAAAGCUGGCUUCUUUACUAAAGAAUAUGGCUUCCCAGCCCUGCUGAAUACCAGACCUAGUAGGAUUUGCAGAGGUCACCGAGAUCACUGUCACUUCUAGAAGUCUCCACUUUGCUGUUGGCACAGCCUUUAACACCAAAAACAAAAAGUGUGGGGGAACAUUGGAAACCUCUUAAACAGAUAUAAUUGUUACCCUCCUUACCCUUAGAACUGUAAACCAGAGCACUUAAAACAGGAUCUUUUGGCAUUUUUAUAAGUGGGUGGGGCAGGAAUCUCAGUUACGUGUUCGCUCAGUUUUGAAAAGCUCAAUUAGAAACUAUUGUUCCUUAAACACUGUGAGAGGAAGUCAGAGUAUCCAUUCAGAUUCAGCCAGGGUAAACUAUUAAGGUCAAGUGUUAACUGGGGUUGGCUCGCUGGCCCCUGGUGUCUUUUCUCUUUGGGAGGGCUUACUACAUUGAUUUCUAAACUGUAAAAACAAACAAACAAACAAACUUUUUUUUUUCAAACUAUCUGUGUCAGGAUCUGUUUGAUUCUUUGCUACUUAGCAAGUACAUGUAACAUUUUAUGAUUUGAGUGUCACAUUCUUUUACUCUUUGGAAACUCAUUUGCUUUUCGCAUUUGAAAAAGACAUGGAGAGUAGAGCCAUGUACAUAUCAAAUAGGUGUCUUUUAUAUAUUUUUGUAUUUUUUUAUUUUACUGUCACCAAGAUUUUCCCCAAACUGACCUAGAAGAAUUUAUUGUAUUGUCCCUUAAGCUUUCUGAAAUUGCUCUUUAAAAUGACCAUUCCUGGUAAAUGCAGUGCUAUUAUAAGGAACCUUGUAAGCAUUUUAGUUUCAAUAACCAGCAGCUCUUAGGCAAGAGGCAAGGUGCCUUGUGCUUUACAGAUGUCAUUAGUUUAAAAAAAAAAAUCAAGUGUUCUAAAGGGGCAUAUAAUGAUGAUUACCAAUUCUAUUAAGUACUUGAACAACAGUACUGUUAAGUUUUAAGGAGAUCUUUGUUGGUAGUAUUUUGCUCUUUCCAAAUGACAUAAAAAUGACUUAUUUUUAGCUAGAGGAAGUGUAAAGCAUUAGCCUGUGUGUUUCUGUGUCUUCUGCCAAGUGCUUUUCACAGUUGAAAAUGAUUUUUCACUAGUACACUUGGUACUUCCUUUUGUAACUUAUUGAUAACCACUUUAAUGGUCAUUUCACAAGUCACAGACUGUAUAUGAAGGAGCAAGAACCAUUUCUUGGAUUUUUUUUUUUUGACUCUGAGUCAAGCUUUGCUACUAAAAGUUAACUUUGUAAAACCAUAGUUCAUUACUAACUUCUCUCUAGAGAAAGUAGUUAAAGAAAGUAGUUAUUUCAUGCCCUACAUAUUUAUUUAUUUAUUAUUCUACCGUAGCAAAAUAGAAAAAAAACAUAAUUUGAUUCAUUAAGCCAGUUCACUGCAACUGCACUCUGUGUCUGUGUUCAGCAUCACCAUUAAAAAGAAGCCAGGCACACCACUGCAUCAUAGAAUAGGCUUCUUCAUCAUCUCUGUUGUGAGCAGAUCUGAUCAUAGUGAGGUAAACAACUGAAAGUAGUGUUCUUAUGGCACUAAUAUCAUUUUUGUAAGAAGGGUAAAUGUAAUAGGGAGAUUUGUUGUGUAGUAAUGAGAGCGAUCUUCCUAGGAUGUUUAUCAUUUUGUAAACAUUUCACUGAGGGGGGCCAGAGUUUAAUUAGAAUGAGAUCACUGUGUUUUCUUCAAAAUGCUGUGUAACAGCUAAUAACAGCAAACCUGUGUCAAACCCCAAGCAUGGUUUGAAGUAUGUUUUACAUCUUCUCCUGCAUUGGCAAUUUGAAAACGAUAGUAAUAAUGAUGAUGAAUAAUAGGGAAUUUAAUAUAAGGAAUAUAGAUAUGAGUUCAAGUCUAACAUUUUUAUUUAUUUAACUAGGUGUUGACCUAUGAUGACUUCUUAGUUUUGACACUUUAUAUGUCUUUGUAUUGUUAAGGUUCUUUCUUUCAUACACUUGAUUCUUAAUAGAUUCACUGACUGCACAGUAGAGGCACUUCCUGUUGACCCAGUUCUCAAGUAGUAUUAAAGAUUGGACCUACAUCAUAAAAAUGCAUGGAUCUUGAGUCACUAACUGUCCCUGACACCUUUCACUACAGGACUGGGCUUAGUAACUGACCACCUUGGUGGGAGGGCUGGGAGGGGCUUUAGAACAUGGUUAAAAAAAAAAAUGUCUCCGCUCAGGGAUUUAUGGUGGAUUAUUGCAGACAGUGCUAAAAAAAUAUAGAGAGCACAAGACAAGUUUACUAAAUUAAAUUUUAUUUUUUGAGAAACGGUUAUUUGUAUAAAUUAUCAAGAUUUGUAGGCUUUCCUUUUGUAGAAAUGAUUGUUUUAUGUGCCAGAGAAUUUCAAUUUUGUUUUCAACAAUAAAGCAUUGAUAACAAA